AGAGAGAGAGAGAGAGAGAGAGAGAGAGAAUUUUGGAUCCGCAUCUAUUCAGGGCAGUUUUCACAUUAUGACUGGGCAGAUGAGAAAGAAAAAAAACGGACAUUUCUCAUUAGGGUGUGAGUGUGGACCGUUGUGGAUCUUUUGCGAAUAAUGAGCACUGCGCACAAUGAUGACAGCGGGGCAGAAACUUAGCUACACAGAACUUUAUGAAACAUAUCAGUGCUGAACAUCGACUCAUGGAGAGUUAGUGGGGCUGUUGAAUUGCGCUCGGUGUGUAGGUACAAGUCGGAGUUUCUACGUUGAAGUUUUUGGAUGUACUUUUUUUUAACGAGCGCAUUUUUAAAUUCUGUUUUGACUUCUCCGUCAUGGCACUAUAUUUUGUAUUAUUCGCUCUGUUGGCUCUGAUUUUGCCCGGAGAUAUUUGGGGAGCGGGAACUUACGCGUCACGAUACAAUCAACAUGUGGAUGAGAGUCAGUCUGUAUCUGCUGCACAGAGUGGAACUAAGGUGACCAGUAGACACAGAAACUGGUGUGCCUACGUAGUGACACGGACUGUAAGCUGUGUAAUGGAAGAUGGAGUGGAGACCUAUGUGAAACCUGAAUACCAGCGCUGUGCUUGGGGCCAAUGUCCCCAUGUGGUUUUGUAUCGGACUGUUAGAAGACCACGGUACAAGGUUGCCUAUAAAAUGGUCACAGAGAUGGAAUGGAAGUGCUGUCAUGGUUACUCGGGUGAUGAUUGUAGUGAAGGCUCCUCUGCCAGACAGGACAGCAGUGGCAGACAUACUGGUGAAGAAGGGAGAAUUGACAACAACACGAUCAGACAACUUGAGGAACAAAUUCAAAGCUUGAAUAAAGACCUUCACAACCUCCACUCAAUCGUACACAGCAUGAAUAAGAAAAUGCACGAGGAAUCUCGAAGGGAAGGCAUCAGUGGCAGCAACAAUCUAGCUGACGCUGCCCAGUCAGGGAUGAAGGAGACCAUUCACAGCAUCCAGACCAAACUGGACAUGCUGGACAACAUGACACAGGUCCAUGACAAGACUCUCACCAGCAUCAACAACCACCUUGUGGGCAGUAAUGGAAUUGGGAACGAAUUGGACAGUCGGUAUGGCACAUUUAAAGAGGAAAUUCUCAGGGAGCUGGAGCGGCGAGUGACACUGUCGUGCUCGUCUUGCCAAACUGGAGUUGAGAGCGUGCAAAGGCAACAGCAGGAGGACAGAGAGAGGAUCCGAGCGCUGGAGAAGCACAUCAGUGUGAUGGAGCAGCACCACCGUCAAACUGUAGAGAUGCUUGAGAGGGAACUAUCACGCUCUCAGAGCUGCUGUGAUUCCCUGAGCGAUCUUGACAGGAGACUUAGCGCCAUUGAGAGGAAGGUCAGUUCGACUGCAGAGACGUAUGAUAUCCUUAGAGGACAUCUUGAAAAAGAGUUGAGAGGAUCAGGCAAUGGAAAUGGUGGUCGGGGGAAAGCACUUGAUGAAAAACUGAACAGUCGUCUUAGAGACCUGGAGAGAAGACUGAACGGGACUGUGAGAAAAACCGAGCAAAAAUGCUUCCAUACUGAAACAAGUAUGAAGGAGUUUGUCCAGAGAGAGAUCGGCCAGAUUAAAAACUCUGUCCUCAAUCGAAAUGAUGAUCAUGGUUAUAGAAUAUCAACCAUGGAAAAAGGCAUCCAAGACUUGAACCGUUUCUUUAACGAUCACAAAAAUAACCUGGAACGGUUAGGGAACAAAACAAAUGAUCUCGACAGCGGACUUAAAUCAGCGAUUCAUUUGUGCACAGAGACGUGCGGUCCAAAAAUGAGUGAGACAGCAGAUACUGUGAAAAGCCUGGAAUGGAAGGUUCUUGGCAAUGAGGAGGACAUUAAGACGUUUGACACCAAGCUAAAGGAAUUAAGUGUGUCUGGUGACUCCUUAUUUGACCGUAUUGAAGAUCUAAGCCAUGACGUUCAAAAAAUUAAGGACCUGACAGGACACAACGGAGAACACUUUAACCAAAUCAUCACCGAUGUGGAGAAUAUGGGACGUGAUUGUGACAUAUGUAGUACGAUAGACAGAGAGCUCAAAAAACUAAGAAACAUAACCAGCUAUUCUUUUAAUAAGUUCCAGGGAGAACUUACAGAUUUACGCGGAAAGGUAGAUUCAGAUGAGUAUGUUUGCUCGCAGGUAUGCUCAAACCUCCAGGAGGAAGUGGGCAAAUUGAAAGAAGAGGUAGAGAAAUGCACAGGCCAAUGCAUGAACAGUAUGAAUGACCAUAAAAGGAACAUAGACAAUCAAAACACCUUAACUCGCAAGCUUGGCAAAGACCUGAAGUCCAUUCAAGGUGACCUCACAGGAGUAAUCCAAACGUUCAGCUCCAUCAAUGACACUUUGAAAGGCUUCAGGAACACCAUACAGAGGCAUGACAACUCCAUUUCUGAUCUGAACAGGUCUAAGGACGAAUUUAACUCGGAUUUAGAUCGGAUUGAGGAUGAUUUUAACAAGCACAAAGAAGACAGUAAAGGACGUUUUGAUGGGAUCAGUAGCUUUAACAGCAAUUUGAUGAUCGAAAUGGGAGAAUGCAAACUUUCUCAAGAAGGGCUGGAUAAGAGACUCUCGAAGUUGGAGGGUGUCUGCAGUAGACUGGAUUCCUUGUCAGUGAAUCUUCAGACUAUCAAAGAUGGCCUGAGCAAACAUGUAUCUGGGCUUUGGAUGUGUGUUAAUGACCUAAACGCCACAGUUAUCUCACACGGUGAGGCCAUCAACAGCAUUCAUGAUGUUCACUUAGAGAACAUUAGUGGCAGGAUGAACAACCUCAACUCUUCCAUACUGCAUGUUCUCAAGGAGUUCCAGAUCUUCUCUGAACACGACUUUACUGGACCUCCUGGAGUCGCUGGUCCUCAAGGAGAGAAAGGAUCCAAAGGACCUCCUGGGCCACUUGGACCUCCAGGCAGAGAAGGACCACAAGGGAAAGUGGGGCCAAUAGGACCUCCAGGCCUCAGAGGUGAACAAGGACCUCCCGGAAAGGAUGCCGAUGUUCCAAGACUGUCAUUCUCAGCAGCACUCACAAGACCACAAGACUAUGCAGGCACUAUUGUCUUCAACAAGGUCUUUGUCAAUGAAAAAAAGGCCUACAAUGCAAAAACAGGUAUGUUCACUGCUCCUGUGAAUGGGCGAUACUUCUUCAGUGCAGUCCUGACUGGUCACAAGAAUGUCAAGAUUGAGGCAGUCUUGUCGAAAUCCAACUAUGGUAUUGCCCGUGGAGAUUCGGCAGGCUAUCAGCCUGAGGGUCUUGAGAAACCAAUGGCCGAGACACGGCACACUCCUGGCUCCCUGGUCGUCUUCAACAUCAUACUUCCUCUGCAGGAGGGAGAGACUGUCUGCAUUGACCUGGUCACAGGUAAACUUGCCCACUCAGUGGAGCCCCUGACGAUCUUCAGUGGUAUGUUGCUCUACGAUUAAACAGGGAACAGAUUGUAAGACUCAUCUGAGACUCAGUGAGGACAAUGUCAGAUGUAAAAAUUUGUAUCUGGACAAAUCGUGAUUUGAAGAACAUUUUUACAUAUUCAAUGUUGAAUAAGGUUUAUGAUACAAAAUGUAGGCAGGUUUCAUUUUUAAAAAGCCAUGAGGACUCACAAGAUGAUUAUAUUUAUCUAUUAUCAGAACAAUGAACUGAAAUUUGCAUAUGGUUGUUUUUACAUUUUAUUCUUGAAUGGCAAAUCAUAUGUUCAUAUACUGUGAGUGACCAUGUUUGCUUUUAUUAAAAUGCAGCCGGGUGCAGCAAAGUUCCUUCUAAAAAACUAGCCCAUCCACAUAAUUUGUUGCCCUGAAAGAGAUGCGAAUGAGUGACUCUCAAACUGGGAAUGAAAAUGUAUAUUACCAUAUACCACGCUGAGAAUGAUUUUUUCUUGAUAAUAUUUCAGCAAUACUGUCAUUUCUAUCGGCUAUUUAGAAUCUGAACUAGUCAUGCCAAAUUAAUAAAUUAAGCCCUCUUCUGAUUUAAUAGUUUUGCAAAAAAUUCUAAAUUUGUUCACGAUUCAGUUUGAUUCAUUUGGAUGGUUUGCUCACGCACUUAAUUUUUUGCAGUGGUUUCUCAAACUGAAAAAACAAAACAAAAAGAGUGCUGGAUGAGGUGGAUAUAUACCUACAAUAAAUUAUAACAAACUUCACAAAUGUCUUUUAUCAGCGGUUACACAGCGCAUGCAUCUUGUGAACUCCGUAAAGACAAUUUACAAUAUAAAAAUGUUAAAUAAAAAAAUUAAUAUAAAAAUUACACUUCAAAAAGAAGGAACUCAUUUUAAAACGAGAAAAGAUCUUUUCUCAAGAUGAAUGCAAUAAAUAUUACACAUGACAUGAUAUUUUCUAUUAUUCCCCAUUUCCCCACUGUGUUAGCCUAUUCUUUCAUAUUUGUGGCACAUUUCUUCACUUAAUCUCCAAAUUUGGAAAAGUAACUAUAAAAGGAUGAAUUCAAAUAAAGCUGGCUGCGCAGAGAGGGACAUUUUUAGCUCUGCCAGAGGCUAUAGAUCAAGAAACUUCUAACCCAUCCUCUGGUAACUCUUCCAAAGAAAACUAUCAAUGUUUAUGCUAGAUGCAGAAAAGAUUUCAUCCUGGCUAUCUUUUUGUCAAUGGAUUUUUAUUUUGUCUCUUUGGACUGCAGAUGUUCUCUAAAAUAGACCGACUUUAACAGCUCAGAAUCUGCAUCUUUGCCAGACAUGUAUUUGUGUGACCUUAGCUGUCUUGGUGGUCUGCCUUAUGUUUUCUUUAAUACAAAGGGAUUUAAAGGACUUUGCACUAAAGUCCAGGAGUGAGAUCAAACCUUGACCAUUUAGUCCAUUUUAACCUCCAGAUGAGAGGAAUUACUUAAAAGGCCUUUAUAAUAUUGCUUCAAAAUGAUUCAUUUUGCAGUAAGAGUUGAUGUGCUUAAAUUGCAAUUGGGACCAGGUUAUAUCAACUGUCUAGGCAUAAUCUGAACCAUAUGUUCACAUCUGACAGUUUCACCUUGCUUCUCACUACAGGUAUUACAUUGCAGUAUUAUAAAUCAGUAAUGUAUCAGACUGUUGUGCAGUCCAAAUAGUCCUCUGAUUAUUUUCUUCUUCCAAACUGAAUGUUUAGUAUUGGGUAUACAACACUAUACUUGCAAUGCUGGUUUUUAAUAAUAAAAA